UUAUUAUUUCAAGUGCAAUUUGCGGAUCACAAUACUGUGUCACCUAUUGUGCUUAUUGAUUUUAUCGGUAUCGCAAGGCUUUCAACAACUGGCGAACUACAGAACAUAAUAUUCCCGGGUGUAUACAGAAUUUUCGAUUGAUCGGCUAUUUUAACUCGCUUGCUAGCAUAUAUACCAUGAUGAAACGUAUACUGUAUAAGCAUUAACUACAUUAAGAUGCAUUUCGGUGACACUUUAAUGGUAUACCGAACAUGUAUGAUCUGUACAGAGGACGGGGAAUCUUAGAGAGCGGAUUAAUAUUAUGUGUGCGUGGCUAGGGGAAUAAUCUGGUAUGGAGGAUUAAACAAAUAGUAAUUGCAUACGACGAUUUACAGAUAGAUUGAAGUUUAAAUGUACAAAAACUAAUCGCGAAGUUUUAAAUACAAUACAAUCUAGUAGCUGGCGUACCCUCGAUCAGUGUCGGUAGGACGUGUGUUACUUUUGUAGUGUUUCAACUCUGAUACACCGUGGAUUAACGGGGACACUGUUUGAUUAAGGGUCAGAGGUUUAUUGACACUGUCUUCUUUAAGAUGGUACAUCUAGGUAUCUUGUAGCUGUCAAACUGUGAAAGCGGCAAGUAUCUCACGUGGACAUGUUAAGCCAGUGUACUUAAGACCCGGGGUCGCUCUUUAAAAAUAACUUAGAUAUCUACUAAGGUAUCACAAUUGUUGCGAUGUUUCUUUGGGGUAUAUUUAUAUUAAAAUUGGCUUCAUCAACAAAGUAUAUGUAUGCAAUUAAGGAUCAUUAAUUCGGUAUGGUUUACCAGUGACUCUUUAAUGAGACUGCGUUACAGAUGGUCAGUAAAGCUGUUUGCGAUGGACAUUUAAUUGAAUUAUUACGUUGCCACAAAGGUUAAGACCUUUCGGUUGGGAUGCAGGACAAUGUAGGAUAUAUUCUUACAAACAUGCCGUGAGGAGAUGUACUCUAAUAUGUGUGUUAGUCGAUAUUUACUGAAACGAAACUGCGGAAAUGGACUACGAAUCGUCGCGCAGCGUCUAUGCCCAGAAUGGAAGUGCCAACCGAAGAUCUUCUCAGGAAACGCAGCCAUCCCAGACGGAAGUGCCGACAUGGGAGGAGAAGCCCCGGUCGCUCAAGGAUCUGGUAAUCAGGGGAAAGUACCCGUGCAUUGUGAAAGUGAACUCGUCGGUCGUAAAAAAGUAUAUGGGUCACACCACUGGCGGCGACGGUACGCAUGGAGUCGCGGAGGAGGUCUUACACGUUAUUGAGCUUCGUCGGCAUAAAAUGGUGGUCGGCACCAAACUGCACUGGGAGCGCAUGACAUCCGACUACACGCGCACCGACAAGCACUUCCAGAUAAACGUGGCACAAAAAGGAUGGUUUGAGGUUUUACCUGAAAAUGGCCAGCCAGUUGAAUACUUCGACACCAUUCACGCAAUCGUUGGACUCCGGUGCAAACAAUUCCUGGUGCGAACCUCCUUAGUUGGUUACCAGCUCAGCUCUGAAAACGGCGUAAGCAGUUGGGUACCACUGGAAAUCAGACCUGGAGAAAUAUUAACGACUGGAAUCAUCCACAUGGACCAGAAGAAAACGAAGAAAAAGACGCUAUUCAGGCGGUUGUUUAGUUGGAGUAACAAUUCAGAUAAAAAGGAAAAAGAGCUUAAGUAUCUACAGUGUUUUGAUAGUGAGCACCGGGAAAUAAUGGUGCCGUUGAUAAUGACUGGUGUUUUUAGUCCGGUUGGGGAACCAACUAGCACCAAUUAUGACGCCGUUUAUAGUCUUCACGAUUUAAUUAGUGCAUUUAACUUGCCACUUAAAGUCCAGCUCAUUCACACAGACGCUCAUUCGGCCGGUGCUAUUCCAAGUGGUGUGGUACUUUUAGAGCGUCUGCAGGACAAUGAUUCAGUGCUUGUCAGUACGCAUCCUUACGAUGAAAACGUGACACCGACUUUUGAAAUUCCGCUCAACGACGACAUUCAAGUAUUUAAAGAAAAGAUAAAGAAAUCGAAAACCCAGUCUAUCGUUUCGAACUCAAAUGUGGCACUUAUAGAAAACGGCGAUGACGUAGUGGAUAAUAUUCAAAUAAAUCUUCCCAUUCGAUUCAAAGAGCCUAAGAAGUCCAAGGGGAUCACAAUUCUAGACAAGCUCAGUGUGCGAUCAAAGAGCAGAAAGGAGCGAGCCAGUCUAAAAGCACUUCAAGAGGAGGGCGUAUUCUCAUCCAGGCUCAGUAAAACGGAUCUUACCUUCGACGAUCUGUGCAAAAACGCCGAAGACGAAACUGCUGAGGCAGAAAAUAAUUUUCAAACACCACAUGUGGCGGAUGAAACAGAUCCGUACAAAACCAAAAAGCAAAUUGAUAUCGAAAACGGGUAUUCGGAAAAUACCAGAAGACAAACGAGUACCGUACAAGGUCGGGACCUUCCACCGCUUCCGAGCAAAACGAGGGGCUCUGGUAACAGGCAUUAUCAAUCAAAAGAGAACGACUACGAGGAACUUCCGGUGGCACCAGGACCGCCUCAGCCAUCUCACUUUUACCUCGGAAACAAUACCGACGGUGAUGCGGACGGUUAUAUGACGCCCGCCCGGUUUAAGGAGCUGAAUGAAGCGAACAAGGGUGAUUAUGACAAUGUGGUCAAAAGAAAACCACCGACAGCUCCCAAACCGGAUUAUGCUCGCAUAUCACGUGCCAGAAAAGCGAGGAGCGAGUAUUCGCCUUCCGAAAGUUACCAAUUUGAUCAAGAUUUUGUUGAUAUUGUUGGGCAGCAUGUUAGCUCCGCGACCUCAAAUGGUUAUAGUCGAGUACCUGUCAUGACAAGUCCUUAUGACCGACGGUCGUCUCCUGCGGGCAUACCGUAUCAAGAGGACUUAACUAGAACUUUUACCCCCGACAAUCGCCGUUUCCAUGACGACUUGGAUAUGGUUUCAUCUAAGCCUUUAUCAGGAUUUAUGAAAAUGAAAUCGCGAUCACAUAAAAAUCUGAACGUUGAAAUGAACGCUACUAUACGUAGUCAUAAUGUGAGAAAAAUCCGAAACGCUAUGGAUGUGUUUAGUUAUAAUGAUUCACUAAGAGACUUGCGGCAACCCUUCCCAAAUGGCGCCAACGAGCAGCCAAUGGAACAACCUUACGGUCGCGUGGUGGAUAAUGAACGUAUCAAAUCAUACCUCUACGCCCAACAGAUUCCGUACGGACGUCUUAGCGGCUCGCACUACGUGGAAAGCGAGCCGGGAUUUAAGCGCUACCCGCGCCAGAACUCGAACGCCGCCCUUAGCGACUCCUUCCCUAAAUACGGCGAUGACUCAGCGAUUUCUAUGAACUCCCGGGGUGAAUACGGCGUGUUCCAGGGCGAAAGUGAAUACAGUUAUUCCGAAUACGCCGAAUGGCACGACGAUGGGUGGAUACCACCAGACGACAUUUCGAACCUCUCCGUUUUGGAGGUGAGCAAGUCGCUACGCUUUAUUGGCAUGAAAGAUCGCGUGGUGAUACGGUUUGCGCGGGAACAGAUCGACGGCAACAUGCUGCAGACGUUGGAUCAUAAACUUCUCAUGGACGGAUUUCCGGAACUUAACGCUUUAGACGUAAAGAAGAUAUUGGAUUUUGUUGGCGGCUGGAGACCUAGGAAAUGACGACACGGCGAAUAUACCACGAGCGAAGCUGGAAAAUAUGAUUCACAAUAAUAUUGUUCACAUAGGAUAAAAAUAGGAUCCUAUUCCUUACUUGAGUGAAGAUUUAGAUCUUAUAUUUACACUGUUUAUUUAGUUUGUUAGUGCGUCCGGUAUAUGAUCUACUAUAACGCUAAAUUAGUUUGUGAUUGUCACGUGUACCAUCUUUUCAAAAGGCAAAAUACAAUCCGAAAGGUAUAUGUAACUAAUGAAACCUUAGACUUAAUGUGUGUCAAACAUAUACUUUUUUUAAAGUAUGAUCCAGCGAUGCAAUUACUCCUGUAUUAUUUUUUGAUGUAAUAUAAAUUUAAUUCCACUCGUUUUGUGAAUUUCUAGUCGUGUUUUACUUAUCGAUAGUCUGUCCUUUUUAACGUGUUUACUUUAAGAAGUAGAUCUUUUUAUUUUGUGUUUUGUGUUAUGUGUUGACACUAGACAGAGCUAUUUUCUCCCUGUUAAAACAAUGGUUCGUCUUGCCACAGAGCGUAAUCUUUUAUUUUUAAACAUUUGUUCAUACUUUUUGUAUUUUUUUAAGAAUACAUAGGACAUUCAGCAGCAUCAUAACAGCAACAUAAUAUUUGUCCUAGGCAUUUGUCAUUGCAAAAAUUGCAAGUUAUUAAUUUCAAGAAACAAUCUUAAGAAAGUUAUGCAUUUCUGAAGUACUAGUAAUAAGCAUCAAUUAUGUGUUUCGUGCAGAACUUUUAUUCAAGUUAAUUAUGAAAUAUACAUAACGGUAGAUUCGUUUUUGUUGCAGAACCAAACAACGUGUCUCUGUAUGAACACACCUGAAUAGAAUUGUAGGGAUUUCCCAAAAGUGUUCACGAAUAAAUUUCGACUGUACAACAGAAAUAUGUUUGUAAUUUGAUAAAACUCUAAUUCGUACAUUUUCUAGGACUGAUUUUUCUAAACUUUUAUUAUAGUUUUUAUUCUAGCUUUUAUUCAUCAACAUUUGAUCAGCUCUGAUGUUUUCGUAAGAUCUCUUUAACAAAAUGGGAGGUUUACUAGACAUGAAUAAUUACUAAAUACAUUUUUGCAGUGGUUUGGUGACACCAGCCCAUUAUGAUAAAUUAUCUGUCUCAACUCUGAAUGAUAUCUAGAAAUGUUGUUGUCAUGGAAACAUAGCUGCUCUUUAUUGAUUUAUAAAGUAGAUAAUAAUGUACCGGUAAUACUUUAAUACUAGAGACAAAUCUAAUGAUAUCAGAACUUGAAGUCUUAUUGAUAGUUGCAAAAUUAGAAACUUUAGUAAUAAAGAAUCAUGGGUGAUGUCAAAAAUAACAGUAGGAGGAAAUAUAUGCAAUUACGUUUAUUUUCAGAACUUGUUAAGCAAUCAUAUUUUGUUGAUUGAAAGGGUUUGAAAGAAAAAUGUCCAUACCAGGGGUAGUUUGUUUAAAACAAGAUGACAAGUACGUUAGACAUAUUCAAUAAAACUUUCAUGAUUUCAAUAAUAAAUGCAGUGCUGUUAAAAUAUAUUUGAUUUGUUCAAUCGACUUAUCAUUAUUAAAAGUAAGUAUUAAAUGUUCUACAACAAUUAUGAUGUAUUUAACCUUUUAUUAGCUCACCUGAGCUGUGCUCAUGGUGAGCUUCUUUGAUCGCCUUUUGUCCGUCGUGCGUCGUGCGGCGUCAAUAUUUGCCUUGUGAACACGCCUGAGGCCACAUUUAUUGUCCGAUCUUCAUGAAACUUGGUCAGAACAUUUGUCCCAUUGAUACCUCGACUGAGUUUGAAACUGGGUCAUGCUGGGUCAAAAACCAGGUCACUAGGUAAAAAAAACAAAACCUUGUGAACACUGUAGAAGUCACAUUUGAUGCCCAAUCUUUAUGUAACUUUGUCAAAAUAUUUGUCUAAAUAUUAUGUUGGUUGAGUUCAAAAAUGGUUCCGGUCUGUUGAAAAACAUGGCCGCCAGGGGGCGGGGCAGUAUUCCUUAUAUGACUAUAGAGAAACCUUGUGAACACUCGAGAAGUCACAAUUUUUGCCCAAUCAUCAUGAAACUUGGUCAAAACAUUGGUUUCAUUGAUAUCUCGGACGAGUUCGAAAAUGGUCCAGAUCGGUGAAAAAACAUGGCCACCAGGGGGCGGGGCACUUUUCUCUAAAUGUAUAUAGUGAAAACAUGUGAACACUCAAGAAGUCACAUUUUGGUCCAAUCUUCAUGAAAUUUGGUCAGAACAUGUGUUUUCUGGAUAUGACGGUUGAGUUUGAAAAUGGUCCAGAUCGGUGGAAAAUCAUGGCCGCCAGGGGGUGGGGCAGUUUUCUCUAUAUGUAUAUAGUGAAAGCAUUUGAACAGUCUAGUUGUGAUAAGCCAUAAUGUUAAAGAAAGAUAACUUGUACAUACUUUCUAAUAGUUAACUAAUAGUUAAAUCCCUUGUAUAAACCUGGGACUUCUUUCAUAGAAUGUGGUGUACAUAAAGACAGUAGUUUGCAUGCAAUUUAAUAAACCUAUGUCAUAAAAUAACUGUACAUGUACUAAUGCACUGUAGAGCCUAAUCUUUGAUCUUUACUGAUAAGCCAAGUUAACCUACUGUGUUUUUGUGUAUUUAGCAGACUACUGUGCUAUGAAACUGAUUCCAUGGCAACCUCGUUAUUUGGCAUUUUCUAAAUUAGAAAGACCCUUUUGAUUGAAAUAACUUUUGUAAAUUCUUCUUAUUUUUUACAUUUGAGUCACUGGAGUUUUCCACUCUCCAUAAAUUGUAUUCUUUAGAUUAAGUUAGACUUUUUUAUAAACAAAAUGUUUGAAGCAACUUCUAGACUAACAGUAACUAAUAUUUAUAUCAGAUUGUGAACUUCUUUUUACAUUCAUUUAGGUAUUUUCUGUAUUUGUUCAUUUUUAACGAUGCAUUGAUUCUUUUGACUAAAGUUAGUUAUUUUCAUUAAAGCUGCUUUGGUUGUCACUUACCGAGUAUAGAUUAAUUCUUUGAGUGUAUUCAGGCGUAUCUGACUGGUCGCCUUUAGUUAAUUGAAUUACAACCAGUAAGUAUGUUAGAAAUUAGCGUUCUUUAAUUAGACUCGAUAAAAAUUUCCGUAUUACAGUUCUCGCACAGUUACAUAACACGUAACCGUCCCGUAACCGGUUCACUUGCGUAAGCGAACGAGACCGCACUACCACAAUUGUUUAUAGUAAAACAUUGUGAAUACUUUGAGUCACAUUUUUAGUUCAAUCUGAAUGACACUUGCUGAUCUUCACACAUGGUGACAAUCUUUAUGAGCAUAAUAUUUUUUGCUCAUGGUGAACUUUUGUGAUCACCUUUUGUCAAUUGUCUGUCUUCCGUUGUGCGUCAUGAAUAUUUGCCUUGUUAACACUGUAGAGGCCACAUUUAUUGUUGGAUCUUCGUGAAACUUUUUCAGAAAAUUUGCCCCAAUAAUAUCUUGGACGAGUUCAAAAAUGGUUCCAGUCUGUUGAAAAACAUUUCCGCCAUGGCGCCAUUUGUUGUUCAUUCUUCAUGAAACUUGGUUAGAACAUUUGUUCUAUUGAUAUCUUGGGCUGCAAAGAACAGGUCAAUUCGUUUUAUCUCAGGUGAGCGACUUUGGGCCUUUCAGGCCCUCUUGUAAUAUUUUGAGAUUUAUAUUCAUUUUUGGAUUGUGCUUUACAUGCUUAUGUCUAUUUUUUAUUAUGUAUGUGUAUGCGUACACAUAUAAAUAUCAUAUCUACAACAGACAUUUCACAAUUGCAAUAUGUUAGAAUUGUUAAAUGUAUAUGUGUGAAUAUACGUGCACUUUUAUAUAUUUAUAUUCUAUUUAUUGUCUGAAUUUGAUACAAAUAAAUGGAAAUGAAUGA